AGAAAAAGAGAGAAAGAAAGGGAGAGGGAGAAGAAGAGAGAGAGAGAGAGAGACAGAGAGAGAGAGAGAAAAGAGAGAGAGAGAAGAAAGAGAGAGAGAGAG